AUGCAGAAGGUGACUUUGAAGACGGUGGUGUUCAUGGGCUCGGCCCGGAAUGUGGUUCCGCCUUGGGGUGGGGACGCACGCCUGGGUGACCGUGUGCUGAAGCAUGUGCUCUCACUGUUGCGCACGAGGGAUGAGUCCUAUGGCCAAGAGCAAGUGAACCAUGAAGUCACGGUUUUCGAUCCAGUUGAGGUCUUCGGUGCAGGCGGCGCUCUCGAGGGCGAUGGCCACCUGAGCACCCCCCACUUCUUCCUCAAGCAGGCCACGCAGCCGAAGAUGGACGACAUGGCGGCCACCAUCAAGGCUGCUGACGGCUACGUGGUGGUCACUGCGGAGUACAACCACUCCCUGCCUCCUGCGCUCACCAGCCUCAUGGGACACUUUGGCGGCUCCAACUACAAGUGCAAGCCCUCUUGCAUCGUCACUUACAGUCCUGGGCCCUGGGCUGGCAUGAGGGCAGCGAUGGCUGCGCGCCCCUUCCUCGCCGAGCUCGGUUGCAUUCCCGUGAGUAAGCUGACAGGCUUCCCCGCGCCUGCAGAUCUUCUGGGCGAAGACGGCACCCCCAAAGACCCCGACGCACGUAUGCUCAAGCAACUUCCAGCUAUGCUCGGCGAGCUCGAGUGGAUGGCUCUCGCCAUGAAGAAGAUGCGGGACUCUGCGGGCCUUCCAAAAUGA